CGAGCCUUCCGAGGAAGGACGUUUACGACCUGACCGAGUGACACACCGGAGGCGCCAUGCCAGAAUCGCCACACCGUAGGCACCUCAUCGCCUAGGAUUUUCAACUACUCCAGGCCGUCGCAAUGUGGCCUGGAGCAUUACCGUUGAUAGCAUUACUGGCAACCCUGCUACAUCCGGCAAGAUGUUCGCAGCAGGGGAAGGUAAACUUCCGGGAGAAGGAGAAGCAAGUGUUGGACAACAUCUUGGGACCGGGAAGAUACGACGCUCGUAUCCGUCCGAGCGGCAUAAAUGGAACAGAUGGGCCAGCCAUUGUGCGGAUAAACCUGUUUGUGCGAAGCAUAAUGACAAUUAGUGACAACAAGAUGGAAUAUUCAGUUCAACUUACAUUUCGAGAACAGUGGUUAGAUGAAAGACUUAAAUUCAAUGAUUUUGGAGGAAGACUCAAAUAUCUUACUUUGACGGAAGCAAACAAAAUUUGGAUGCCUGAUCUGUUCUUUUCCAACGAAAAGGAAGGUCAUUUGCACAAUAUCAUUAUGCCAAACGUAUACAUAAGAAUUUUCCCUGAAGGAUCGGUUCUUUACAGUAUAAGAAUUUCACUCACAUUAUCAUGUCCAAUGAAUUUAAAAUUGUAUCCACUUGAUAGGCAAAUCUGUUCGCUUCGCAUGGCGAGUUAUGGAUGGACGACUGACGAUUUAGUUUUUCUAUGGAAAGAAGGUGAUCCUGUUCAGGUCGUCAAAAAUCUACACCUACCUAGGUUUACUUUGGAAAAAUUUCUAACGGAUUACUGCAAUAGUAAAACAAAUACUGGCGAAUACAGUUGUUUAAAAGUUGACUUAUACUUUAAACGAGAGUUCAGUUACUAUCUUAUUCAAAUUUAUAUUCCCUGCUGUAUGUUAGUCAUCGUCUCCUGGGUGUCGUUUUGGCUCGAUCAAAGUGCUGUGCCGGCAAGAGUGUCACUUGGAGUGACCACUCUGCUGACAAUGGCAACACAGACAUCUGGAAUUAACGCUUCACUCCCACCGGUAUCGUACACAAAGGCAAUUGACAUUUGGACAGGUGUAUGUCUAACUUUUGUGUUUGGGGCUCUAUUAGAGUUUGCAUUAGUCAACUAUGCUUCUCGCAGUGAUAUGCACCGCGAGAAUAUGAAAAAACAAUAUAGAGAAAUGGAACAUUCUGCUUCAGUGGAUCCUUCCACUGAACUCCUAGAGGCAGAUGGACCUACCAACUUUGCCAUGGUCGUGGCUGUCCAAGUUCCCGACAAGAUCCAAGCGAAUCGACGUCAUUGCACGAAUCCUCUUUCCUCUGGUGUUCGCCUUUUUCAAUCUCGCUUACUGGUCAACGUACCUGUUCCGGGAGGAGGAGGAGGGCGAUUAAGCCUCGACGAAGAAGCGCUAGGAUCAAGGGAUGUGGCUCGCGGCCACCUUAAUCACUCGCACGCACAGAAUCGCUCUAGCCCUCAUCAGAAGAACUUCCACCAACACCAACAACGUCCCCAGGAAGACGAGUCGGAUCAGCACUAUCACUACCACCAUCAUCACCACCAUCACCAUCGACAUCACCAUCAUCAUCCAAGGCAACACCAAUCCCAUCAAUCGCUCCUUCAUUAUCGAAGAGAUGCAAGAUCACAUUCGCCUUCAUCCCCCUCCGAUAGUCUUCGAGGACGUUCCCCAAGGAGAAAAACAUCCAGGAUUCGUUCCAGCAGUCUGACAUCAAAAAGAUCAACACCAUCACCUACGCCCACUGCCUCACCUGCACAGACGUCUUCACCCUCUCCGCCUACACUUCUCAAAGGAGAGGAACUAAAUCGUUUUCAACGUCUACCAUCUGAAGAAAAAGAAGAUGAUCGGUGUUUUUUGAGCUUUUGGCCACGUGGUAAGUUAUUCCGUUGCUACGCGGAUGGCAGUGCUCGAAUCGACGUAUGUUCAAGAAUCUGCUUCCCCCUGGUGUUCGUGGUUUUCAACAUCGGCUACUGGUCUGCCUAUCUCUUCCCUCAUGACGAGUACUCGGGCAUGAAUAAACAAGGGUAAGAGCCUAAGGGCAAGAGUGAGAAAAUGCGAUUCAACGUGUGAUAGAUGAAGAAAGAAUGUGUGUAUGAUGAAUGUAGAAGGUUUGGAAAAUUGUGUCUUCGUAACAGGGUACAUUGAAAGGUAGAUUCCGUCGAAAUUUUCUAUCUUACUUCGCGAGACUUUUUUAAAUUAUAGAAGAGAAAGAGCGAGAGUCGCGACAUGACUCCGCAGUUCAACGCUCAAGAAAAGUGCAAUUCAGAGGCCAUUUCGAUUUGCUAGAUACGUGAUAGAAAUGCGGAGAAUUUGAGGAGAGAGUACGUGCUUGUUGGAAGCAGACCCUAAAUUCUAGAAGGACUUCAUUCCUUCUGAGAACAUCUACAUCCAUUGUUUCUUCCUCAUUUUGUCAAGAAUAUACGGGUCGUGACAAUAAAUCAUAUUUCGUAAACUUUUUAAUAUUACAUCAAAACUUCAAAUCGCAUCUGAUUCAAAGUCUGAUCAUUUAGAGAAUGUCUAAACCUUUCUUCAAAAAGAGCACCAAAUUAAGAUUAAUUUACCUUGAUCGAUAAAUAUUUAAUCACAUUAAAACUGCUCUCGUGCAAUCAUACUCUCUCUCUCUCCCGCAGAUUGUAAAAGUGAGCCAGGGACCUUUUAUAUGGUGUUUUAUACCGCGACAAAUGUAGUCUUGAUCUCUUGUCGGUACUAUGAUCCAAGUAUUUUUUAAUACUCGAGAACGUCUUGGAAAGUCGAGGCAGUGUGGGAGAAAUAUAUAGAAAAUAUAUAUGUAACGAAGAAAAUAUCGACGGUAGGGCGUGAAUGUCUAUCAUUGACCAUUAGAAAAAUAUCUUCAUCAUUGGGAGACCGCGUGCCACAAGUGAAAUUAAAUUUUCGGGCCCUGAAUAGCCACGGCCUGAUCAAAAAAGCGAAUAGAAUUAUAAAUAAUAUAUCUACGUAUUGUCAAGUAAUUCGUUAUAAUGUUAUAAAUAUGGAAGGCCUCCGGUCCUUCGAACAGUAAGCGAAUUAAAAUUAAGUAUCUUAUAAAGGCGUCUUCACUCAGACCAGCGGAAAUGCGUCCGAGAUCCGAUUUUGCUCACGAAGGUUAAAAAUUCGAGUCCCUAAGACUUCACCGGGGGAUUUUCAUUCACGACGUUGACUCAUUGUCAAAACAUAUAAAUACAAGAACGCAAAUCCCUCGUUGUGGACGAUUAUCCUCUAGGCACGCGUUUUUAUAGCUCAAUAUCAUCAGUAAUCUCGUCGGACCGGAGAUCUAUUGUAGCAGUUUAGUACGAAUCGAAUUCCAAAACCAAAAAUCGAAUAUCGUAUUACAAAGCGAGAAACAAAUUAAAAGGUGAAACUAGGGACUCGGCCGAUAUCUCGCUGAAAUCAAUAACACAGUAUGUAGUUGGAGUGUAUAUAUCAUACCUAUGUUACGUGUUUCAAAAAUCCGUUAACAAAUUCUUUUUUCAAUUCCUUUUCGAGAUACCGUGUUUCUUUAUUGCUCUUAAUUUUGCGAAAGCCUUCAGUCAUCUUUUUAUAUCCAAAUAAUCACAAUCCUGCACAGUGCACAAUACAGACGCAGUGCACAAUACGCCCAAAACGUAACAAUAGAGAUAUCGUUUCUUAAAGCUCAACUUUGUAUAUUUUCCGUUAUAUAGUUAUAUAAAUAGUUUAUAUGCUCUGUUAUUAUAUUUAAGUUCGAUAUACAGUAUUAUCCGAUACUGUAGGUAUCCCAACUUCGCAAAUUGUUUUACGUACGGCGAAAUUAAAAACGUACUGCACAUGUACAGAGUUGACAGAUAGAAGUUUGAGGAUUCGCUUAAUUGUUUUUAAGUAAAAAAAUAAUUCUCGAUUGAAAAAGAAUCCUAAUUGAACUCCUAUCUGAGACCAUCACUAGAUUUUAAAUAGUUACAAACACUGUACAUAAUUCAACACGAAUCAUUAAGUUUUACGAAUAAUCGAGAAUGUGCGACGUGCAAAGGGGAUCAAAAAUAAACUUGAGGUUCGAAGGAAGAUCAGUUUCUUAAGCAAAAUUUUCUGGUUGACUUUCA